AACACCCGGCGGAGUCAUAACCUCGCCUCUUUGUUUACAUUCCGUGGCUUUGUGGAAAUUCUCGUGUGAAAAUAGUUGGAAAAUGACAGAUAUUCCGUCGAUAGCACAAGAAGCUGUGUUGCUUGGAAGUGAGGAGCUUCCGCAAGAUACACCUACAGUGAAGGGAUAUGAUUGGACACAGCAUGGGGUGAAUUACGCAGAGAUUUUGAAGAGUUACACUCAGACAGGAUUUCAGGCCACGAAUUUCGGGAAAGCUGUAGAGGAAGUGCGGAAGAUGUUAGAGCGUAGAAGUUGUCCCUUGAUGGAGGAGCAUCGAGAUCUACAUGAGGACGAUGAAUUCAUAGCAAGGAAGCAGAAUUGUACCAUUUUCCUGGGUUACACGUCGAAUAUGGUGUCUUCGGGAUUGCGAGAGACCAUCAGAUUUUUAGUGCAGCACAAUCUCGUGGAUUGUCUGGUGACAACAGCCGGAGGUGUCGAAGAAGACUUCAUAAAGUGUCUGGCUCCAACAUAUCUGGGAUCCUUCGAACUCAGCGGUCGUCACUUGAGAGAGAAGGGCAUGAACAGGAUUGGAAAUCUCUUAGUGCCGAAUGAAAAUUACUGCCGCUUCGAAAACUGGGUCACACCACUGCUAGAUGAGAUGGUGGAGGAUCAGAAGCGCGAUGGAAUGCUGUGGACACCGUCAAAAGUAAUUCAGCGACUCGGAGAGCGAAUCAACGAUCAAUCCUCAAUCUACUACUGGGCGGCUAAGAACCACAUUCCCGUCUUUAGUCCUGCCCUGACAGACGGCAGCCUGGGAGACAUGAUGUACUUUCACUCUUAUAAGAAUCCUGGACUCGUGGUGGAUAUUGUGAGCGAUCUGAGACGCCUCAAUACCAUCGCCGUGAAGUCUGUGUCUUCUGGGAUGAUCAUCCUGGGCGGAGGAGUGGUGAAACACCACAUUUGCAAUGCUAAUCUAAUGAGAAAUGGAGCUGAUUAUGCGGUCUUUAUCAAUUCUGGAUCAGAAUUCGAUGGCAGUGAUUCGGGAGCGAGGCCAGAUGAAGCAAUAUCUUGGGGAAAAAUCCGCAAGGAAGCCACUCCUGUAAAGAUCUACUCGGACGCGACCCUUGUUUUCCCGCUGCUGGUGGCAGAAACAUUUGCCAAGACUGUAGACAUCCCAAUGACUACUCAGACACAAUGAAAUGACCGAUAAUUAGGCCAAUUAUAGCAUAUUCAAGUCUCUAAAGACCUUCUUUUCAAUUAAAUAAUAUAUUUUU